AGGGCCAUUUUUAAUCUAGUAUGAAUGUUAGAAAACUAUUAAAAUGAAUUUAAAAGCUCUGACUCUAAAACUCCAACUCUAAAGACAUGUCACAUGUAUGCACAUGUAUGUGAACCGGCUCACUGAGAGAUAAUGAGCAACGGAACAGUACAGUAAUAAUGAGGGAAUUUAAGACGAAUUAAUUAAAUUAAUUAUAUUAAGAGAUUCAGCUGCGUGGGGAGAACAACCACGCAUGCGCUUAGUGUUGCCAAGAACCACUUCCGGGUGCAGGAUUAAACGUGUUGUUCCAAAUAUAGUUUUAAAUUUUUUAAAAAAACGCGCGAAUUAACGGUUAACUACGUACGUACUUUACAUGGUUCCCUCGUUGGUCCUCGUCGUCCUGUGGCUUGACUACCUCUUCACACUACCAGGAUCAUGUUGUCAAUCAAAGGAGUACACAACCAGUAACGGGGAAUGCUGUCCGAUGUGCCAUGAAGGUACAGUUGUGCGAAAAGACUGCACAUUAUAUUCAGGCACAGGCUGUGUCCCCUGUGACCCUGGGACUUUCAUGGACCGACCAAAUGGGCUGAAUAAGUGUUUCCUGUGUACUUCCUGCGACCAAGUCCAUGGUCUGUUUGCCAAGAAGAACUGCACAGAAACGCACGACGCAGUGUGUGAUGUUUUGAGAGGAUACUACUGCAGGUCUCUGGCUGAUCAUGAUGGAUGUAGUUCGGCAGAGAGACAUUUGAAAUGUUCACCUGGUCAGAGGAUAAAAUCACCUGGAACCAGCAGAAGUGACACAGUGUGUGAAGGUUGUUCACCAGGAUAUUUUUCAAAGGAUGGAGUGAACUGCACAGCUUGGACAAUUUGCUCUGAAAACCAAGUGAAGGAAGAAGAGGGAAGUCUAAUUACUGACACUGUCUGCAGCAGCGCAUCAAGACACCACUACACUUUGAUUGGAUCUUUUGUUGUUCUUGUCAUUUGCUCAAUAUUUGUUGCAACUUUGGCAAGAGCCAAGAGCAGAGAAACCAGGAACGAUUGACCAGUUUGUUUCCAUACGUGAAGUCAUCCCAUGUUUAUUUAAUGGCUAAUUACUUCAGCAGCUACACACUGCCGUGUAAAUGUAACAACUUGUUUCUACUUUUUUCUACAACAAAAGCCUUCAAGGGUUUGCAAAUGAUUUUCUAAAUUUUUGUAUUAAAAACUUUGUUCAAGAAAAUGAACCAAUGUUACAUGUCUGUGAGUUGUGUGAAACGUUUGUAUAACAAAACAAGAAGCAGAAAAAGUCAGAUGAAAAAAGAGGGAUGAGGCAGCUAAUGAUGAUGAUUGACUACAACAACUCUUUUUCUGAGCUUCGUCUGCGCCAUCAUACACGUGUGAAACUCAGACUGUCACAUUUGCACCACAAAGACAUGUAAUGUUGGCUCCUGAAUAAACUAGGACCAAAUGUCCAUGAAUCUAGGUCAUGGUUUAUCCAACAAGUGCUUACAGAAACCAAACCCUGACUAGAACAGUUAAUGUUGUUUCUUUAACACGUCAAAGUUUAACAAGUUUAGUCUUGUACAAAUGUAAAAAUUGUGUUAUGUUAAAUGUUUGUAUAACAAAACAAGAAGCAGAAAAGGUCAGAUGAAAAAAGAGGGAUGAGGCAGCUAAUGAUGAUGACUGACUACAACAACUAUUUUUCUGAGCUUCGUCUGCACCAUCAUACACUUGUGAAACUCAGACUGUGUUGGCUCCUCUUUACAGAAACCAAACCCUGACUAGAACAGUUAACGUUGUUUCUUUAACAAUUCACAGUUUAAUAUGUUUAGUCUUGUACAAAUGUAAAAAUUGUGUUGUACAUCCAUUAAGUGUCAGAUGGAUGGUAGUCAGGUCUUUUUGUCCAUUCUCAAAAACUAGACUCUGUGUGCACUGUGAUAUUUUUAUUGUUAAUUUUACAAUAAUGCUACUAACUGGUGACUGGUGACUCAGAUGUGAGUGUGAGUGUGAAUGGUAUUUUGUCUCUGUGUUAACCCUGCGAUGGACUGGGUGUACCCAGCCUCUUAACUCCAGCAACCCCCAUGAGCCUAAUGAGGAUAACCAGUCGAAAAACAUGACAUGAGAUACUAAUUGAUAAAUUUGAAGUUAAAUAACGCAUUAUACAUAUUUAAAUUAACUUUUAUACCUGAAAUAUAUGUAAUAUUGUUUCUUUUUCUUAAAUAAACUAAUACAAAAAUG